CGCAGGCGCAGUCCCGCCAUGCUGGCAGUCCCUCUACUGACGGCUCCCAGGCUGGUAGUGUCGGUGCCUCUUCUCCGCUGCCUCAUGUCUCGCUCACCUCCCGCAGCACCGCCCCCGCCGGGGCCACCGCGCACCGUGCUCGGCACCAUGGAGUUCGGGCGCCGGAUGGACGCGCAGAGCAGCGGGGAGGCGGUGCGGGAAUACCUGAGACGCGGCUACGACGAGCUGGACACCGCCUUCAUGUACGCGGACGGGGAGUCCGAACGGGUGCUGGGGGGACUCGGGCUCGGAGCUGCAGUGAAACUGGCGACCAAAGCCGGCCCGUUGGAUGGGAGGAACCUAAGCGCGGAAAGCGUUCGUCACCAGCUAGAGACCUCGCUCCAGCGCCUGAAGACCCCAAGCGUCCAUAUCUUCUACCUACAUGCCCCCGACCACCAGACCCCGGUGGAGCAGACACUGGCAGCCUGCCAAGAGCUGUACAAGGAGGGCAAGUUCAAGGAGCUGGGUCUGUCCAACUAUGCUUCCUGGGAGGUGAUGGAGAUCUACUACAUUUGUAAGCAGAAGAACUGGGUGCUGCCCACCGUGUACCAGGGAAUGUACAACGCCACUACACGACAGGUGGAGACGGAACUGCUCCCGUGCCUACGCCAGCUGGGGAUCCGCUUCUACGCCUACAACCCUCUGGCAGGGGGACUUCUAACUGGAAGGUAUAAAUAUGAGGACAAGGACAAUGAACAGGCGGCCUGCAGGUUUUUUGGAAACAACUGGGCUGAAGCAUACAGGAACAGGUACUGGAAGAAGCACCAUUUCCAAGCCAUUGAUCUGGUUCAGAGAGCCCUGGAGGAGUCCUAUGGGGAGGGAAGACCCAGCCUGACAUCAGCCGCCCUGUCCUGGAUGUACCACCACUCCAAGCUACAGGGAAGCCGUGGAGACGCCGUGAUCCUGGGGAUAUCCAGUAUGGAGCAGCUGUCACAGAACCUGGCUGAGACCAGACCCCUCCACCCACCUGUAGUCACCGCCUUCAAUGAGGCCUGGAACCUGGUCGCCCACGACUGCCCCAACUACUUCCGCUAGGACACGGCCCAGGAUCCAGAUUCAUGUUAAAUUAUUAGUAAUUUCUUCAUAAUUACCCACAGUGCCUCCUGUCCCGCUGCUCCCACACUCAUGGGCCAGCUGACAUUGCUCUAUUGCAGACCUUUAUCCAAUAAAGCAUUUAUAUAUGUUUGGUAAAUAAAGAAUAAUCAGAACCGCA